UGGCUCACGCCUCCUUAUCACUUCCGUGUCAGGGGAUUUCAGAAGCAGUCUGCCCCUCGCAGGCUCAGUUUUUCUGACUCCCCAUCAACGCCCCCAUUUCAGUCUUUCUGAUCUGCCUCUCCUCCUAAAACCUCCUCCACCCCCCUCUCUCUCUUUCUCCUCUCACCCACCCCCAGCAGGGAAAAAAAAACAAGCUUUUGCAGCCCCUUCCACCUUUGCUUGGAGCCCAGGCGGAUUCCCUAUGGCUGAGGGUAGGAGGAUCUGGGAUAAGGAGGAUGACUUGCCGGUUUAUCUGGCCCGGCCGGGCACGGCAGCUCAGAUCCCCCGGCAGAAAUACGGGGGCAUGUUCUGCUCGGUGGAAGGAGCGUACGAGAGCAAGACUUUGGAUUUCGAUGCACUGAGCGUUGGCCGCCGGAGUUCCCGGAGCACCAGCGGCGCCAGUAAAACUCAGGGGUCCCGGGACAACGCCGAGGCUCCCGGCGACACAGUCAGGGAGAGCCCGCUGGCGACCGAGAGGGGACCCGGGGUACAAAUCACCACGGCGAACGGCAAGGAGAGACUGCAGAACCGGGAUGACCCGCAGAGUGACCGACUGCUGAUCAAAGGGGGCCGAGUUGUCAAUGAUGACCAGUCUUUUUAUGCUGACCUGUACAUGGAAGAUGGCCUCAUCAAACAAAUCGGUGACAACCUGAUUGUCCCUGGAGGUGUGAAGAUCAUCGAGGCUCACGGCAAGAUGGUUAUUCCUGGUGGGAUUGAUGUGCACACUCGAUUUCAGAUGCCAUACAAGGGCACCACCACCGCUGAUGAUUUUCUUCAAGGAACGAAGGCAGCUUUGGCAGGGGGCACCACAAUGAUAAUUGACCAUGUGGUUCCAGAGCCUGAGAGCAGCAUCCUUGCUGCCUAUGAGAAAUGGCGGGAGUGGGCAGACAGCAAAUCCUGCUGUGAUUACUCACUGCACGUGGAUAUCACCGAUUGGAAUGAGGGUGUGAAAGAAGAAAUCCAGACUCUUGUGAAAGAGAAAGGUGUGAACUCCUUCCUCGUCUACAUGGCUUACAAAGAUUUAUAUCAGAUGUCGAAUGCUGAGCUCUACGACAUCUGCAAGUAUGUGGGAGACGUUGGAGGGAUAAUGCAAGUCCAUGCAGAGAAUGGAGACAUCAUUGCCCAGGAACAGAAACGCUUGCUGGAGAUGGGGAUCAACGGUCCAGAGGGCCACGUACUCAGUCGGCCAGAGGAGUUGGAGGCAGAAGCUGUAUUCCGUGCUAUCACAGUCGCUGGCCAGACCAACUGUCCUCUCUAUGUCACCAAAGUAAUGAGUAAGACUGCUGCAGACAUCAUAGCCCAAGCCAAGAAAAAAGGUAACGUGGUGUUUGGAGAGCCCAUCACUGCCAGUCUUGGCACAGACGGCACGCAUUAUUGGAGCAAAAACUGGGCCAAGGCUGCAGCUUUUGUAACUUCGCCACCGCUCAGUCCAGAUCCCACCACCCCCGACCACCUGAUCUCCCUCUUAGCGAGUGGUGACUUGCAAGUAGCAGGAAGUGCUCACUGCACGUUUAGCACAGCGCAGAAGGCGAUCGGAAAGGAUGAUUUCACUCAGAUUCCUGAGGGCACGAAUGGGGCAGAGGAGCGGAUGUCCAUCAUCUGGGACAAGGCAGUGGCGACUGGUAAAAUGGACGAGAACAUGUUUGUGGCGAUAACGAGCACCAAUGCUGCCAAAAUCUUCAACCUGUACCCGCGGAAAGGCAGAGUGGCUGUGGGCUCUGACAGUGACUUGGUCAUCUGGGAUCCCGACGCGGUGAAGACUGUGUCUGCCAAAACCCACCAAUCGGCCGUGGAGUACAACAUCUUCGAAGGGACGGAGUUGUGCGGAGCUCCUGUUGUCGUCAUUAGUCAGGGGAAGAUUGUGCUCGAAGAUGGGAAUCUCCAUGUCACCCCAGGAAGUGGCCGCUUCAUACCCUGCAAGCCCUUUUCGGACUUUGUACACAAGCGCAUCAAGGCACGGAAACAGGUGAGGCAUCCUCGUCCAGACUUCAAGAACCCACCUACGACAGCCGUCUGGAUGAUCCAUCAUAAGCAGUUCGAGGCCAAAGCUGGCCACCAGUUUUGGGAAGGGGCUCAGGUGGAUGAUGGUCCUCGGCGCAGUGGGCACCGCAUCGUUGCGCCCCCUGGUGGACGCUCAAACAUCACCUCGCUCAGCUGAAGCUCAUGACGGGAAAAGAGAGAGUUGUGUUGCGGGGUGGGGGGGGAGAGAAGAAAGAAAUUGUGCUGUAAUGAUGACGUCUUGCAAAGAAAAGCAAAAUAAAAGAUAAUUGUGUUUGUCCUACAAGAAAUAAGAAAUAAAUGGUUACUCUGGAUUGAAUAUAAA